GCUGCGCUCCGCGGCGCUGGAGCUGCGCGGAGCCGCUUUGUGCCGCCACCCGCGGCAGGACGGCGCGAAAGCCAUGGAAGAGUUAAUAGUUGAGCUGCGCCUGUUUCUUGAACUUCUGGACCAUGAAUAUCUAACUUCCACUGUCAGGGAGAAGAAGGCAGUAAUAACUAACAUUCUCCUGAGGAUACAGUCAUCAAAAGGUUUAGAAAUAAAAGAACAUGUACAGAAACAAGAAGUUGCCAACAGUUUGCCAGCGCCUCCUCAAAUGCCUCUGCCAGAAAUACCUCAGCAGUGGCUGCCACCAGAUAACGGGCCUCCACCACUGCCAACAUCUUCCCUUCCUGAAGGCUAUUACGAAGAGGCAGUGCCACUUAGUCCGGGGAAGGCUCCUGAGUACAUCACUUCCAAUUAUGACUCAGAUGCUAUGAGCAGCUCUUACGAAUCCUACGAUGAAGAGGAGGAGGAUGGAAAGGGGAAGAAAAUGAGACAUCAGUGGCCUUCUGAGGAAGCCUCUAUGGAUCUGGUGAAGGAUGCCAAAAUCUGUGCCUUCCUUCUUAGAAAGAAGCGUUUUGGGCAAUGGACCAAACUGCUGUGUGUUAUCAAAGAAAACAAACUACUGUGCUACAAAAGUUCCAAGGACCAGCAGCCCCAGAUGGAGCUGCUCCUGAAUGACUGCAGUAUCACCUAUAUUCCCAAAGACAGCAAAAAGAAGAAGCAUGAACUGAAAAUCUCACACCAAGGAGCGGAUGCCCUGGUUCUGGCAGUGCAGAGCAAAGAGCAGGCAGAACAGUGGCUAAAGGUUAUAAAAGAUGUGUGCAGCAACUGUACGGGAGCUGUAGACUCUGAUGGGCCAUUAUCUAGUUCUCCAGUACACAAGACGGAGCUAGAAAAGAAGUUGUCAUUCGAGAGGCCGAGCUCAGAUGGGGAGGGUGCUGUGGAAAAUGGCAUUGCUGCUGUGUGCAAUGGGAAGGAACAAGUGAAGAGGAAAAAAAGUUCAAAAACAGAAGCCAAAGGCACUGUGACUAAAGUAACGGGGAAAAAAAUAACGAAGAUCAUUGGUUUAGGAAAGAAAAAGCCAUCAACAGAUGAACAGACCUCAUCAGCUGAAGAAGAUGUUCCAACAUGUGGAUAUCUCAAUGUGCUCUCUAACAACCGCUGGCGUGAGCGCUGGUGCAGAGUGAAAGACAAUAAACUGAUUUUCCACAAGGACAGGACAGAUCUGAAGACACACAUUGUUUCCAUCCCUCUCCGUGGCUGCGAAGUCAUCCUGGGACUGGAUUCGAAGCAUCCCCUGACCUUCCGCCUGCUCCGAAAUGGGCAGGAGGUUGCUGUGCUUGAGGCGUCCUCCUCCGAAGACAUGGGCAGAUGGAUAGGAAUUUUGCUGGCAGAAACAGGGUCCUCAACAGACCCUGGAGCUCUGCACUAUGACUACAUCGACGUGGAAAUGACGGCAAGCGUCAUCCAGGCUGCAAAACAGACCUUCUGUUUCAUGAACAGGCGAGUUAUAUCUACCAGUCCGUACCGGGGAAGCACUGCCAACGGCUACGCCUGUCCAAGUGGAAUGGCACUUCAUUAUGAUGAUGUUCCCUGCAUAAACGGAUCGUGGGAACCAGAAGAUGGCUUUCCUUCUUCUCGUAGCAGGAACAUUGGAGAAGAAAUGCUUUAUGAUAACGCAGGCCUGUACGAUAACUUGCCGUCUCCAAAAAUCUUUGCGCGCUAUCCGCCAGCUGACAGGAAACCCAAUAGGUUAUCUACUGACAAACUCUCCUCUAACCAUUACAAAUACCCUGUCUCAUCCAAUCUGUCUUCUGCUCAGUCUGUCACUAAUACCUCUGCUGUGGGGAGGGGAUCUGGUUCGCAGUUUAAAGGCAAGAAGCCUCCUGUAACUACUAAUGGCAUCGCCGGAAAAGGGAGAACUUUAAACAGCCAGCCGAAGAAAUCCGAAACAGUGUCAUGUGUGAAGCGCACUGCAUCUAAUGCAGAGCAGUACAAAUAUGGCAAGAAUCGUGUGGAGGCAGAUGCAAAGAGGUUACAAAGCAAAGAGGAGGAGCUGCUAAAGAGGAAGGAAGCUCUUCGGAAUAGGCUGGCCCAGCUCCGAAAAGAGAGAAAAGAUCUGCGUGCUGCCAUUGAAGUCAAUGCUGGCAGAAAGACCCAAGUGAUUCUUGAAGACAAGUUAAAGAAGUUGGAAGAGGAGUGUAAGCAGAAGGAGGCUGAGCGUGUAAACCUGGAGCUAGAACUGACUGAGGUGAAGGAGAGCCUAAAGAAAGCCUUGGCUGGUGGCAUCACACUGGGCUUAGCUAUUGAGCCAAAAUCAGGAACAUCAAGCCCACAGUCCCCAAUUUUCAAGCACCGAACUUUGGAAAACUCUCCAAUCUCCAGCUGUGAUACCAGUGAUACCGAAUGCUCAAUACCUGUGAACAGUGCAGCAGCUCUGAAGCGACCUCCCUCAUCAAACAAUUCUCCGUGUCGAGGCCACGUCCUUCGGAAAGCAAAGUUACGAGUGAGCCCAGGCCUUAUAGAUGUGGCUAAGGGAAGGGCGUCACACGAAUGGGAGAUGAAAAAUGGAACAUAAAGGUAGCAAAACCACUCACUUUCCAUAAAGGCCUUACCUAUUACAGACCAAGACAUAGGCUGCAAAAGACUCAUCUGAAAGGUCAUUUCAAGCGACACAACAUAGCAAGUUUUAUAAUUCUGUUAAGUUAAUGGUAGCUUGGCGCUAAUUCGCCUGUAUUCCCUCUACUGUAUUGCUGUGUAACUACGUGUGCCCCUUUUUAUUAGCUGUAACUCCUUAUUUCCAACUUCACUGGUAAAGAAAAUGAAAACCAAAAAAAACCCAAACCAACCACAGUAAUUAAAAGUCACAGUUGAAAGUUUACUUUGCUGAAACAGCACAGACCAGCAGUGUUGAUUCUAUCACGUCAGACCACCUGAACGCUGCUGAAGAUGGUGCCUAAAGACCAGCGUGAAAUCGUUAACUCUUACAGGUUAAAACUGACUUUUGAGGUCUGACACAGAGUAAGCUCUUACUCACUAGCAGUUGCUUUGCUGUUCACGUGGCAAAAGAAAACUGAAGAAACGUAACCACGGAAGCAGCGAGGCUUGCGAGGCUGAGAACGCGGGAGCGCUGCAGUGCCACCAUCCUCCGCGCUGGUGCAAGACCGCGGGAUGACACGACUCAGCUGUGAGGCAUUUUUUGGAUACUUUUUAGACAGAUGAUUUUGUCAUUGGGAGAUAAAACGCUGCCAAACUUGGGAAAAAAAAAUGCUUUUUUGUACGUUCUUUUUAUUAAUGUUUUGAAGCACCAGUCGUUUUCAAAGGUCACGUUCUUGAACUAUGACUCGUUCCUGAUUUUUUUAAAAGGCAAACAGGUAUUUUUAGAUACUUCUUCUUUUCUAUGCUUUUCGAAAAAGAAAAAAAAUAAUUGAAAAUAAUUCUCAACAGAUAAUGGCAACUCAGAAUAACUUAUGCAGUCAGUCUUGUUUUGUUUUUUAUAAUAUAGUAUUGUUAAACUUGAGUUAUAGAACACUGCUGUACUUAGUUUCCUUCGUCUUUUCAGACCUCAGCUAUUAUUUUAGAGGAAGAUGGACUGAAAAGGUGAUAAUUUUCAGACUCUUUUAUAAACAAUUUUACAAAGAAUUGGGGAUUUUCUCAGACAUGAAUCAAUUUCUGUUUACUAGGAAACAACAUCUUUCAUUUUAGUCUGGUUUUCUUUGUCUCCAUCCAUGUCACUCCUGAGAAAUUAUAUGCAGUAAAUUGCCAGCUGAAGUCCUUCAAAAUCUCAAGAUUGGUUUUAAAAGUUGGGAGGAGGAAAACUGUAUAAUAAGAUGGCCUCUUUUAAGUUUUUCUCUGUGUUUUUUUAAGCCUUUGGAGAGUCUUCAAUCUUACUCUCAAGAUUUUUUUCCUCCUCAACUGAGGAUUAGAAAAUUACUUUAAUUAAAAAAAUUAAAAUACUACUCAUAUUUUGAGAUAAUCACAGAUGUUAGGGCUGGAGUCUUGAUAGUUAGUUAAGACUGCAGUUAAAAUCACAGAAGUUGGCAAGGCAGCAGUUAUCAAGGAUCACAUCCCUUUAUGGCCACACCUAUAGAUUAUCUCUUACCUUUAGGAAAGGGUGUGUGCAACUCGUGAAGCAUACACUGGGAUUCUCAGCUGAGCUGGAUGCCAGAGAACUUCCCGCAGGAGUUGGUGGGAUUUGAAGACACAAAGCUUUCAAAAGGACCUGAUAGCAGACGGGAGACAGGGCUGUGUCCUGUUCCCAAAUGCAAUUAGUGCCAGGGAUCCCACUGACUUCAGCAGCAUAGAAAUGGAGCCCAGCAUGAAAAAAGGCUUUUUGCCUCUUGGGACUAUGCUUUGUACAAAGUGCUGCAGGAAUGCAGAUACAGUAGAAAAGCAAAUGUCAGUAUGGUUUUCACUGAAAACACAAUUUUUUAUUACUAUUUUAGGUCAUCUACUUACUAACUCUCUAAGUAGAGGGCACAUUCUGUGCUGUAUGACUAUGGACUAAACAGCAUCAAAUUCCCACAAAUAAUAGCAGAAACAAUUUGAAGCAAAAGUAAGUUCAUUUAGGCUUUUUAUUUCAAAUUAAGUUAUUUAUUUGUAUAUUGCAAUAAAUAUUUAAUUUAUAUCUGUACAUAUUUAUAAUGCAAAUUAGGCUUCUAGUCAACGUUUGCAAUGAUGUAACAGUUACCAUUAAGAAGUGGUCCCGCAUCAAGUAAUGCAGAGUAGUCAAAAGCCAAAUCACUUUGUCUUGUUUACCCAAAAUUGGUAUUUUAUUUUCCAUCCCCUAUAUCCCAUGGAAAAAAAAAAAUUAAUUCCUUCGCAAGGACAAGGAAUCUAUGCCUGAGAUAAAUGUGUGUACGUUUCUGCCCAAGCAGACAGAAUGGUGUGGUGCUGGGGCUGUGCACACAACCCCAGCCCUGGUGGUGCAGCCUUCAGCUCUGCCAGAGGUGCAGGUCACCCUCAGCACCUGUAGCACCCUCAGCACCAACAAGGCCUGCUGCAGCAGGGGCUGACAGCAAAAUUAAGCAGCUUUCACUCUUCCUCCAGCAAAGGCUCCAUAAAGCCACCACUGCCCCCAGCCUGGCACGUGCUGUAAUUGUAUGUCUCUGUUGUAUAAGUGCAUUGGUACCACUGCAAUUUGCAUUAGUGUAUUCUAUAUAAUGGCCAAGGUUUUGAAAGGAGGAAAGCCAAAAACCUUGGGAAAUAACCAAGGUCUAUAGACCACAUUCGGUGCUGUGAAAUGUACUCUGUUGUCUUGAAUAGUACUAUUGAUGCACAAUUUUUUAUAAAGAGCAACAGAGCUUGUAUUUUCACCAUUUUUGGAUUUCAAGAUCACCAGGUAAACUCAGCCAUAGAGCAGCAUGACUUUUGUUUUAAAGGAAAAUUCGUAUCUUGAACCAUUUCUAUGUCUUUUUAGAAAAUGUUACACUCGUGCUUCCUCACCAAACACCUGUUACUGUACCAAGUGCUUUUAAUUAUUUUUUUAAUGGGUAAUUCUUUUUUUUUAAUAAUUAAAAAAAAAAACCAGAUCAUAAUUUUGGGGGAUCGAAGGUGGUUUUUUUUAAUGAGAUGAUUGUGGCAAUUUGGUUUUUCAAAUGGAGAAUAUUAAUUUAGUAUCAAGUUUUGUUAGACACUUUCAAAUUAAUUGGCCCAGGGUGUAUGUUGUAAGAUAAUGUUCUCAUAUGAAGAAUGUAAUUAUUUCCUUCUUGUAUUUUUUAAAAAACAAAAUCAUAUUUAAAAAAAAAUCUCUGUGAAAAAAGCAUGAAAGAAACAUGAAAAAAAAGGGUUUGUUUUAUUUUUGUUAUUGGAUAUGUUGGCAGUGCCCAUUAUAAUUGACUGUAAAUAUAGUCUUUCUACUGUAUUUCUCAAUGUAUUUAAGUUUUUUGACACACAUUCAUGGAAACUUCUGUUAAAAAAAAACAAAAACACAAAAACAAAAGUCCCAAAAUAGCCCCACCUUCAAAUGUGUGUCUUAGUAGCUUCAGUUAACUUUAUGCCUUUCUAGUUUAUUCUUCAGAAAAUUCUUGCAAAGUGUGAAAAAAGACUGGCGCCUGGUAGGUGCGACAGAUCCAAGACCAUUAUUAAUAAAGUUACCUGUCAAGAAAAGAA